GGAAGGUACUAGGUGUAUUUGCGUGGCAUGCACGCGCGCGUGGAGAUAGUUAGAACAUUCUGGCUUUAGCAAGCUGAGCAGGUUUUGCUCAGUAGCAAACUGCUGUGGAUUCCCCUCUGUUACUGGUGUAGUCACUGGACUGUAGGAGAAAUCACCAUGACUCGCGUCUACGUUGGUAAUUUAGAUGUGCGUGCCUCGGAGCAUGAUGUGGAGAAAGAAUUCGGAUACUAUGGCCGUUUGCGGGAGGUGUGGGUUGCCAGAACUCCUCCUGGUUUUGCAUUUGUUGAGUUUGAGGACACUAGAGAUGCUACAGAUGCUGUAAGACAAAUGGAUGGUCGUAGAAUCUGCAACCAACGUGUGAGAGUGGAACAUGCGCGAGGACCACCACGUGGACGAGGUGGUAGUAGUUAUCGGAGUAGUACUGGUAGAAGCGGUAGAUUUGACGGUCCCCCUCCUCGUGAUGAGCGGUGUUACAACUGCGGGCGAAAUGGCCAUUAUGCAAGAGACUGCCGCUCUCGAGAUGGUGAUAGGGAUCGUGAUAACAGAUCUCGCUCAAGACAUGACACGGACCGCCGUCGUCCUGCCAGGAGCGUGAGCAGAUCACCUAUCCGUGGCCGUCGCAGAUCAUACAGUGAAUCACCACGUCGCAGAUCAGCCAGUCGGUCACCCCGGGCCCGUUCCCGCUCUCCUCGAGGGAGAGCUGGCAGCCGAUCUCCACGUCGCCGAUCCCCAAGUCGGUCGCCAUCUCCCCGACAGCAGCGAUCCAUGUCCCCGCGUCGCUCUGCGAGCCCAUACCAGGAUAGGCGUCGCUCUGCUAGCCCGUACCAGGGUCGAUCUCGUUCGCCGUCUGCCGGCCGUAAUAGUCGCGGAUCUCGCUCUCCCUCUGCAGAUCGGUAUAUCCAGGAGCCCCGCGAUCGCCAUUCCGGCAGAGAAUCUGACUGAGGACAGGUGUCUACUACCUCUUUUGUGACCAGGUGUUGUUUGCCAUGUCGUCAUCUUGUUUUAGAAUUAGGAUCUUCUUUGUCUUCCUCCAAAGAGCUGCACCUCUGUAGCGGUUUUCUUAGCUCUUUUAACGAUCUUCUUUACGUGCCUUUAUGCAGACGUCCUUGUUUUACUACUUUGGUUUUGUUUCCUCACUGUGCGUUGAGUGACCUGAACUGUCUGCAGCGAUUUGGUUUUAGUAAGCAGUUUCUUAGGAACAGUAUUGGGUGGGUGUGUACACGUGCUCAGGCACUCUGGCCUACUCGUAUACUGUUAGUUUUGUUUGUCUUUCUUUAUGUACUGGAGCUGUUGAGGGUUUGAAAUGUGAAUCACUUUUAUUAAAGUCCGCUGUAUCUUC